AUAUCAAAGACAACAACCAACCAACCAACAAGAAGAUUCCCAUCAUCAUGCGCUUACACAAGGUCUAUCAUCACCUCCUUUCUCACACUUCGCCCCCUUUUCUUCUUCAUCCAUCUUCAACCCUCUUCUCCUCUUCUUCUCCCUCUUUUCUUUUUUCCAAAAGCUGUCGAAUUUCACCAUCUACAACGCCUUCCACCCUUAAUCCUCCACAUCAGCCGUUUCUUCAACCCAUGUCUGUCUCAAGAUUACACAAUCUUGCCCCUAUCGGCGCAAUCGCCACCGAAAACGUGGCUGCUUCUAGUUCCCCCUUUUCCAACGCCACACCUACACCUGAAGACGAUGAUGAAUUAAACAGUGGAUAUCGUCUUCCUCCACCAGAGAUUAGAGAUAUUGUUGAUGCACCACCACUUCCAGCUUUAUCCUUUUCUCCACAGAGAGAUAAAAUUUUGUUCCUAAAGCGAAGAUCUUUACCUCCCUUGUCAGAGUUGGCAAAACCAGAGGACAAGCUUGCAGGCAUCCGUAUCGAUGGGAAAUCUAAUACCCGUAGUAGGAUGUCAUUCUACACUGGUAUUGGGAUCCAUGAUUUAAGGGAUGAUGGUACAUUAGGCCCAGAGAAAUUGGUACAUGGCUUUCCAGAUGGAUCUAAACUCAAUUUUGUUACAUGGUCAACCGAUGGGCGGCAUUUAGCCUUCAGCAUCCGGCAAGAGCAGGAGGAUGAUGGUGGCAAUAAGCUCAGAGUAUGGGUUGCAGAUGUGGAAACAGGAAAAGCUAAGCCCUUGUUUCAGUCACCGAAUGUGUUCCUGAAUGCAAUUUUCGACAACUAUGUUUGGGUGAAUAAUUCGACUCUCUUGGUUUGUACCAUCCCAGCAUCUCGAGGAAGCCCACCAAAGAAACCCUUAGUCCCAUCUGGUCCUAAAAUCCAAUCCAAUGAGCAAAAAAGUGUUGUUCAAGUUCGAACCUUCCAAGAUUUGCUCAAAGAUGAAUAUGAUGAAGAUUUAUUCGAGUAUUAUGCCACCUCACAACUUGUUUUGGUUUCUUUAGACGGGACAGUGAAAUUAUUUGGCGAGCCAGCUCUUUAUACAUCACUGGAUCCCUCUCCUGAUGAGAAAUAUAUUUUACUUAGUUCAGUUCAUAGACCAUUCUCUUUUACUGUCCCAUGUGGAAGAUUUCCUAAAAAGGUAGAUUUGUGGUCGGCUGAUGGAAAUCUUAUGAAGACACUCUGUGAUCUGCCUGUUGCUGAGGACAUUCCAAUUGCAUUUAACAGUGUCCGAAAAGGCAUGCGCUCCUUGAACUGGAGGGCGGAUAAGCCUUCGACUCUCUACUGGGUGGAGACACAAGAUGGAGGAGAUGCCAAAGUAGAAGUAUCUCCUCGUGACAUAGUCUACACACAAGAUGCUGAUGCCACUCAAGGUGAAGAACCAAAGAUCUUUUAUGAGCUUGAUCUUCGCUAUGGAGGAAUUAGCUGGUGUAAUGAUUCACUUGCACUAAUAUAUGAAUCUUGGUACAAAACACGACGUGUAAGAACCUGGUUGGUCUCCCCUGGAUUCAAUGAGACUCCACGUUUGUUAUUUGAUAGAUCAUCUGAAGAUGUAUACUCUGACCCUGGUUCUCCUAUGUUGCGGAGAACUCCUGCUGGGACAUACGUUAUUGCAAAGUUUAAGAAGGAAGAUAAUGAAGGCACAUACCUUUUGCUAAAUGGAAGUGGUGCCACGCCAGAAGGAAACAUACCUUUUCUAGAUCUGUUUAACAUAGGUUCAGGAGAGAAGGAAAGAAUAUGGCAGAGCGACAAGGAAAAAUAUUAUGAGAGUGUUGUUGCUCUAAUGUCUGACCAAAAUGCAGGAGACUUGUACGUGAAUCAGCUAAAAGUCCUGACUUCCAAAGAGUCUAAGACUGAAAACACCCAAUAUUACAUACAGCGAUGGCCAGAUAGGAAAGCAUGCCAAAUCACAAGCUUCCCACAUCCAUACCCUCAGUUGGCAUCAUUACAGAAGGAAAUGGUGCGCUACCAGAGAAAAGAUGGAGUUCAACUCACUGCAACUUUAUACCUUCCACCUGGCUAUGAUCCCUCACGAGAUGGCCCUCUACCUUGUCUGCUUUGGUCGUAUCCUGGAGAGUUUAAAAAUAAAGAAGCAGCAGGACAAGUACGUGGUUCUCCUAACGAGUUUGCAGGCAUAGGUCCAACAUCACCACUGCUUUGGCUGGCAAGGAGAUAUGCUAUAUUAUCCGGGCCAACAAUUCCCAUAAUUGGUGAGGGCAAGGAAGAAGCAAAUGAUAGCUAUGUUGAGCAACUUGUUGGGAGUGCAGAGGCUGCAGUGGAGGAAGUCAUCCGCCGUGGGGUGGCUCAUCCAGACAAAAUUGCUAUUGGGGGACAUUCAUAUGGGGCGUUCAUGACAGCAAAUCUCUUGGCACAUGCCCCUCAUCUUUUCUGUUGUGGAAUUGCUCGGUCAGGAGCUUAUAAUAGAACGCUAACACCUUUUGGGUUUCAGAAUGAGGAUAGAACGCUGUGGGAUGCUACGGAUACUUACAUCAAGAUGAGUCCAUUCAUGUCGGCCAAUAAGAUAAAGAAGCCCAUCUUGCUUAUCCAUGGAGAAGAGGACAAUAAUUCAGGAACGUUAACGAUGCAGUCGGAUCGUUUCUUCAAUGCUUUGAAAGGGCAUGGGGCACUGUGUCGCCUAGUGGUUCUACCAUUUGAGAGCCAUGGUUACGCAUCACGGGAGAGCAUAAUGCAUGUCCUUUGGGAAACAGAUAGGUGGCUAGACAAGUUUUGCGUUUCCAACUCUUGUUCAGAAGAGGGUGGUUCAAGUGAAGACAAAGUUAUAGCCUCUGGUGGUGUUGCUGCUGAGGCUGAUCCUGACAUUGGACUUGAUGAUGAUGAUAGUCUUCACUUUACUACAAGAUCUUCACUUUGAUAUGCUUGGUGAAGGUUGGAGGUGAAGAAAGAAAGAAAUAGAAUUGUUGUAUUUGUGCAAAAACAAAGCUUUAGAUAAGAAGUUGCAUUGCAUGUAAUAAAAGAAGAUGAAGCAAUUAAUUGUAUGCAAUUCAGUUGGCAUUUAUAUAUGCUUUCGAACUCCUAUCCACCCACCCAAACAACUUUUGGUUACAAACAAUUGAUACUUUUGUUUAUGUG